AUGUCCGAACAAGCACCGAAGCCAAACUCAAUGGCAGAUGUCCUUUCAAGGUUGCCAGACAAGCGCCCAGUUCAAAUUCAAAUUGCCCAAUUGAACGCUCAUCUGUCAAACACCAUUAAGACUCUCCAAAGUAGUCUUAUGGAAGAGAUAACCAAUCUCAAAGUCGAAGUCCUCACGAACCAAGCUUCCAAUAAGAAAGUCCUGAACGAUUUCGCGGAAACCUUGCGCCAAUACAACAUAGAGAACCAAAACCUUGCCAGACUCAUCUACCGUUUCUUCGAAGAGAUAGACACCAUCUGGAAGGUACUCUGA